AAGCUAUGGUUGAAGUAGAUGUUAAGAGAUAUACAUUUAACUUUAAUAUUAAGUCUUUUGCUUUAUUAAUUUCAUUUUUAUCUUUGAAUGCAGAUAGCUUUGCUCUUAGAUCUAACAAUGAAGAAAUUUGUGAUGAUUCAUCUAAAACUAGUAAAUAA